ACUUGAGUUUUCAGCCAGUAGUCCUCUAGUUAUUGAACAGUGCAGUAGUACGACUUUAUUAAUUAUGGCUUAUUUAAAAGCAUUGAAAUUAUUUUUUAUUGGGACAGCCAUAACACUGUGCGACAGCCAAAACGAUCCAGCAAGCUAUAAAAAUGUAGUCGAUUUGAAAUCAUUCCCUGAAGGAUUUAUCAUUGGCGCAGCGUCGUCGUCUUAUCAAAUAGAAGGAGCCUGGAACGUUGAUGGUAAAGCUGAAAACAUUUGGGACCAUUUCACCCACUUUCAUCCAGAUAAAAUAGCUGACAGAUCGAAUGGAAACGUUGCUUGCGACUCGUAUAACAAGUACAAAGAAGACAUAGCGGUGUUGAAAAAAAUUGGGGUCGAUCACUACCGUUUCUCGCUGAGCUGGUCGCGAAUCCUUCCGACGGGCUACACGAACGUCGUCAACAAAGCGGGUGUAAAAUAUUACCACGACGUUCUGGACGAGCUGGAAAAGAACGGCAUCAUUCCAAUGGUCACCAUAUACCACUGGGACCACCCGCAGCGUUUGGAAAGACUCGGUGGAUGGCUCAACGAGGAGAUGGCCCUCGUCUAUUCCGAAUACGCCAGAUUCGUCUUCAACGAAUACGGAAACAGAGUGAAAAUUUUCGCGACUUUCAACGAGCCCAGUCUCGUCUGCACUAUGGGAUACAAAGAGCUUGCUUUCGCCCCAAAUGUCAACAUAACCGGCGGCCAGUACCUCUGCGUGCAAAAUAUGCUCAAGGGUAACGCUUUGGCUUAUCAUAUCUACGACGAAGAGUUUCGCGCUCGGCAACGAGGAAAAAUCGGUAUCGUCUUUCCCUGCACUACGCCAUACAGUAACGAUAGCGCCGACACUAGUUCCGCCGAUCGAGCCUUUGAAUUCGAAUGCGGCUGGCAGGCUCAUCCGAUUUUCUCCAAGACUGGCGAUUAUCCGGAGAUCAUGAAGAAGAUGGUCGCGAAGAGAAGUAAACUCCAGGGAUACUACAGCUCCAGGUUGCCCACGUUGUCCAAGUACUGGAUUCAGCACAUUAGAGGGACCGCUGACUUUUUCGGAUUGAAUCACUACACGUCGACGGUCGUGACGCCGUUGCCCAGAUCUUCUGAACUAAGUUGGCCCAACGACGCUGGAUUGGCGUAUUCGUAUGACCCUUCGUGGCCAUCUACGGAUCUCUUCUGGUUAAAGAUCAAUCCAAAAGGAUUGGCGGAUAUGUUGAGAUUGAUCAAGAGCAAAUACAAUAAUCCCCCGGUGUAUAUAAUGGAGAACGGAGUAGUGGACCCUAAUGGCACCGACGAUAAGCUCAGAAUCAACUAUCAUUAUUCGUACAUGAAGGAAAUGUUAACUGCGAUGAAAAAGGACAAAUGUAACGUGAAAGCUUACACUGUCUGGAGCUUGUUGGAUAGUUUCGAGUGGAACUCGGGAUACACGGUCCAAUUCGGUUUGGUGGACAUUGAUUUCAAGGACCCAAAGUUGACGCGGACUCCGAAAAAGUCGGUGUCGUGGUUUAAAAGAACUAUUGCGGCGCGACGACUUCAGUCUCCUACGUAAUGAUUGUAUUUUUUCUAAUAAAUAGGCUGUCAUUUAUUAUCAAUCGACGAAA